AUGGAUAAAUAUGGAUUUCUUUAUGUCGCUGAUUGGAAGAAGCAUGAAGUGAGACGAUGGAAAAUGGGAGAAUAUAACAAUGAAGGAAUUGUAGUGGCCGGAGGGAAUGGAAAAGGAAAUAAACUCAAUCAACUCAGCAAUCCUAGCUUUAUCUUUGUUGAUGAAGAUCAAUCUAUUUAUGUAUCAGAUAAUAACAAUCAUCGUGUGAUGAAAUGGAGAAAAGAUGCAAAAGAAGGAAGAAUUGUGGCUGGAGGAAUUGGUCAUGGAGGGAAUCUUAAUCAAUUGUAUUAUCCUGAAGGAGUAAUUGUUGAUAAUUUGGGUCAAAUCUAUGUAGCAGAUUCUAUGAACCAUCGAAUAAUGCGUUGGUAUGAAGGGAAAGAAGAAGGCGAAAUUGUUGUUGAUGGAAAUGGGCAAGGAUAUCAAUCAAAUCAAUUAUAUGGUCCCGCUGGUUUAUCUUUUGAUGAAGAAGGAAAUCUGUAUAUUGCUGAUCAUUUUAAUCAUCGAAUUCAAAAAUUUGAAGUAAUUUUGUGA